AAUUCAUUACUCGAAAAGAUAAGCCUGGAGUGAGCAGUGAAAUGAAGCCACUGGCUCUUCUUCGUACCUUCUCCUUUUCUUCAUCUCCAUCUCACCCUUUUUACCAACCAAGGCCGCCUCUUCCCCACCAAAACCAUGGCUUUCGCGUUUUAUGCUCUUCUCUCGAAUCCAAACCGAUAAAAGCUGAAUACAAGCCCGGAGUGUUGGAUGAUUUGUUCCUCAACUUGUUCCGCAACAAAUUGGUCAAGGAGGUUGGAUGGGAUUCGGAGAAGCCGGGUUUUGAUGGACUAAUUGAAGUCGCUAAUAGACUUAUGAUUAAGGGCAGGACCAAUUCUGAUACCAGACAAGCUGCGGUAAGGAUAUUGAUAUCACUCUUUCCUCCAUUUCUGUUGGAGCUUUAUCGAAUACUCAUAGCACCAAUAGGAGGAGGAAAAGUGGCUGCAAUGAUGGUAGCAAGAGUGACUGCACUCACUUGUCAAUGGCUCAUGGGCACAUGCACUGUUAAUUCUGUGGAUCUACCCGACGGAACCUCCAGCAGAAGUGGGGUGUUUGUCGAUAGAUGCAAGUAUUUGGAGGAAAGCAAAUGUGUAGGGAUUUGUAUCAAUACUUGUAAGCUUCCAACACAGACUUUCUUCAAGGACUACAUGGGGGUUCCUUUAUUAAUGGAACCAAACUUUAGUGAUUAUAGCUGUCAGUUUAAAUUUGGGGUUCUUGCUCCAUUGCCUGAAGAUGAUAUCAGCCUCAAGGAACCAUGCUUGGAGAUAUGCCCAAACGCCACUCGACGAAGAGAAACUACCAGAAACAUGGCUUUACCACAAUGCCCAAAGGCCUGAAAAUACUCAACAUUGAUUGACACGGCAUUUGAUCACAUAUCCGAAAUUUCAACAAUUUGUUGUUUAGAUUAAUGAUAGGGCCCACUUGUCCAAGCAAGGAUGCAGAAUGUCUAAAACUUACUCAGACUGGUGGAUCUCAUAAGAGCUCUCUUAUAUUUACUGUCCAAAUCACCAAUAAUUCGAAUAGCAAAAUUUCUGAAAA